UAAGUCCAAAUACCAGCCGCAGAAAAAAUCCACCUAAAAUCAACAACUCCUCCUAAAUUGCAAAACACCUCUUUUUGCUUUAUUUUUUUGACGGAAAAAAUACCUUAUUAUUAUCACGUGCAACUUAAUCAAGAACAGAACCACUGAAUUCAUUGAAAAUGCUUAAAUAAUCCUCAGACACACGUGUCAGAUUAAAAGAGAUGCUAGUAAUCUGUAUGAAUCUAGCGGUGGGGAAUCCACGAUCAACUCUCAAACAAUUUCCCCAAAACAGAAUACGCAAUCCCACUAUCAACUCUCUUCAAUCUCAACCAUUACCCAUGGCCGUUGAUCCCCCGAAGAAAGUGGUUGUUUGCGGCGGCGGAGUCAUAGGCGUAUGCACAGCUUACUUUCUAGCCAAAAAAGGCGCCUCCGUCACACUCAUCGAGAAAUCCAACAUCGCUUGCGCCGCUUCCGGUAAAGCCGGUGGAUUCCUCGCUUUAGAUUGGUGCGAUGGAGGUCCAAUGGAACAUCUUGCACGCACCAGCUUCAAUCUCCACCGUACACUCUCUGAAGAGCUUAACGGUCCACAAUCCUACGGUUAUAGAUCCCUCGCCGCUCUCAGCCUCACCGUAACUGAAGAAUCAAAACGCAGUACUAGUUCUAGUUCUUCCUCGGCUUUGCCGUCUUGGGUUGAUGGGCCGGCCCAUGGGCCUAAGACAAUUGGGACACACGAAACAACAGCGCAGGUGCAUCCGCAACUGUUUACACGGACGUUAAUUGAGAAUGCUGUGGAGAAGUAUGGUGUGAAAAUUGUGAUUGGGAAAUUGGAGCGGUUAGAGGUGGAAGGAGGAAGAGUUGAAUCGGUGGUUCUGGAAGGAGGGAAUGUUGUGGAUGUGGAUGCUGUGGUUUUAGCAUUGGGCCCUUGGUCUAGUAAGCUUGAGUUGUUGUCUUCAAGGUUUAGAGUUUCUGGGCUUAAGGCCCAUAGUAUUGUUUUGGAGCCCAAGGAACCUAAUGCAAUAACGCCACAUGCUCUUUUUCUUAGCUACAAUGCUUUUGAUAGGAGGGUGCCUCUUGAUCCAGAAGUGUACCCUCGCCCCACAGGGGAGGUGUAUGUGUGUGGGAUGUCAAAGGAGGAAAAUGUACCAGAUGAUCCAGAGGAAAUAAGGGGUAAUGAAGAAUCAAUUGCAAUGUUGAAGAGGGUGGCUAAGACUGUGUCAAGUCAUCUUGGGGAAGAAACAGUAAAGGUGGAACAAGCAUGCUUUUUGCCGUGUACUGAUGAUGGAGUGCCGAUCAUAGGAGAGGUCCCCGGCGUGAAGGGGUGUUAUGUAGCGACAGGACAUAGCUGUUGGGGUAUUCUUAACGGUCCUGCCACUGGAGCUUCCGUUGCUGAGCUUGUCCUUGAUGGCCAUUCCACUAUUGUUGAUCUUAAACGGUUUAGUCCUGCUAGAUUUGUUGGGCGUACCAAGGGUUAGUCACGGUUAGCGUAAAUAUAGUAGUAUAGUAACUAUGGAUGAUGCAGAAUGUUUUAAGGCCAUGUACAUGGGGAUUCUUUUUUUACAACUUCAAUUCCAAUAAAAUAACUGCUGCUUGCCAAUCUAACAUGAAGUAAUAGAAACACAUCUUCCUCUGAUUUGUGUACAUACAUGUGGAAUGUGGCUGAUCUGUGAUUGAUGAA